AUGGGGCUGGGGGCCUGGCUGCGCUCGCUUGGCGGCUGCUGCGGCUGCUGCGGCGGGGAGGCAGCAGCCCCUGAGAAGGAGCCGCUGCUCAGCAACAACAACCCGUAUGCUUCCUUUGGAGCCACGCUGGCACGGGAUGAGGAGCAGAACCUGUGGAGCACCCCACAUGACGUGACCCACACAGAGGCAGAUGAUGACCGGGUGCUGUACAACAUGAUUGUGGGCCGGAGCCAGCUGGACAAGGAUUCCGAGGAAUGGCAAAAGCUCAACUACGAUAUUUAUACCUUACGGCAAACACGGAAAGAAGUGAGAAGCAGGUGGAAGCACAUCUUGGAGGAUUUAGGUUUCCAGAAGGAAGCAGACUCCCUCUUGUCAGUGACCAAACUCAGCAUUGUCAGCGACUCUCAGAACAUGAGCAAAGCCCGGGACAUCCUGCUAAAGCUCUCUGAAGAGACAAACAUCUUUCCAACCAGCUGGGAGCUGUCUGAGCGUUACCUCUUUGUGGUGGACCGGCUGAUCGCUCUGGAUGCUGCAGAUGAGUUCUUCAAGCUGGCCAGUGUGGUCUACCCAAAAAGAGCCAGUAUGGAAAGAGUGGAUGAGAAGCACGCCCCUGCCAUGACGCCCUGAGGAGCAUGGGGACAGUGGGUUUGCCUUCCCUUGGGACCAGGCUCCUGUGCCUUGGGGCUGCAGCAUGAGUAGUGCUGUUCCCUGUUUCCCUGCUCAGUAGUGGGCUGGCGAUGCCCCACAGGGAUGGCACGGGAAUUCAGUCCAUCACAGUGUAGGGUAUGCAAAUAGGCACAGGGGAACCCUGCACCAAUAGCUGCAAACCAUGUCCCCAAUGACAGCACUGCGAGGACGUCUACCUUGUCACCUCCCAUGGGACCUUCGCCUCCCUCAGCCCUCAAAGCCAGGAAGGAAAAACACCUCGCUCACCUGCAGCCUCAUGACAUUUCUCUGUGCAACAGUCCUGUUCUUUGUCCCCAGGGGCUUGGCCCAGCAGCUCAGAACAGAACUGACAUCAGCAUCCUGGCUCUGUUGGGUGCUGGGUCCCCAGCGAUGGGCAUCUCGAGGAACUCAUGUCAAGGGAUGCUCAGCCCAGCACUGUGAACAAAGGUGCAUUUUAGCAAGGCUCCGUGGUUGGACCUGCUGAGAAAUAUUCCUCCUGUAAUGUCCUUGGAUUGAUCACACCAACGUCUUCCUCCAUUUCCAAAUGUCCAAGUCUUAACUGCAGUAAUAAAAAGCACUACAAAGUUGGUGGUCCGUGUGUAUGGUCAGUGCUGUUAAUGAAGAUUUUUAAUGGACACCCUUUGUAUCUUUCUUCUGUGUGUGUGUGUUAUGUGUCUGAUAGCAAGCAAUAAUUUUAAAACACUGGGUUUGCUCAUUUGACAACAAGUGGAAGUUCAGCACUGGUUAACAUUUGCUGCUAAUGGAUCAGUUGAAAAUGCUGGUUACAAAGGACGUCCCAAAAGAACAAAAUAGAGCUUUUAUUUGUUUAUAUCUACAGAGUUUGAGAUAUAUAUAUAUAUAUAUUUAUGAAAUGUUUCUGUUUGUCUGUCUUCCUGGGAAAUAUUUUUUGUCAGCUCUGGACAUCAUUGAAACCUGAAUUUAAUAAACAAAACCUAGCACAAAA